UGUUUCUAAAACGUACUAUAUUCCCAAGAAACCCUUUAUGUUAUUGGUUAUAUAAAAGGAGCCGAGACUGAUCCGGUCAUGCACCCUCUUCAAGUCGCGGCUAGCACCGCGCUUGGUGUCGUAGCUUGCGUUCUUGCACUACUCGUCCCACUUCCUCGCUUGGCUACUUGUGAGGUGAAACAAAGCUGCAAAGAGCUUGGUCAAAAUGUAACAACGAGAGUGAAGUUGUAUAUGAAGGCUUUUUGCUCCGAUGAUGCCAUGUCAGCAACGGCUUCAGUCUCACAGGCUCGAGUGUUGGCUCGCUCUUCCUCCAAGCUUUAUCAAACACUCAAACGUUACCAACCAAGCAUGACAUGGGAGAGGCUUCCGUUUAAGAUAUGGAGGUGGCAAAACGUGAAUGAUAACAAAGGAGAGAAACUACAAAGCAUGGAAAUUGCUCUUAGAGGAAUGGAAAUGGUAGUAGCAAGCAAAUCUCCUAUUCCUUCGAGCUUACUUGCUGGUGAAGUAAAAGAAGAUCUCAAGAAUAUACAAGAACGUGUAAUUCUCUCAAUCAAACGAGUGAACAAUAGUCCGCAACCGUCGGUAACACCAGAAUCCGAUCCGAAAAAACCCGAUGAGUGCCUCCAAACACUUCAGGAAAUCCCGGAAACGCCUCAAGAUUUACCGUUUUACUUCUUCUUGUUCUGCAUCAGGCUCCUUGAAACCAUCACAAUGGCUAAACCGGAGGAGAACAAGGUCAAGGUCUUAGAAAAAUCCAAAACUAGAUCUUGGAUAAGUGAUUGGGACAGCAAGAAGGUUAUGCCCGCGUUGAAGCUAUCGCUUUCAUUAGGCUUAGCGAUUUUGCUAGGUUCGAUGUUUAGUAAGCCAAACGGGUAUUGGGCUGGUUUACCCGUAGCCAUCAGCUUCGCAGCGGCGAGAGAGGCGACGUUUAAAGUGGCGAAUGUGAAGGCACAAGGGACAGUGAUAGGGACAGUGUAUGGAGUGAUGGGAUGUUUUGUGUUUCAGAAGUUUUUGACGGUUAGGUUUCUUUCUUUGCUUCCAUGGUUUCUCUUCUCUAGCUUCUUGAGCAAGAGCCGGAUGUACGGACAGGCCGGAGGGAUAUCAGCGGCGAUAGGAGCCGUUUUGAUUCUCGGAAGAAAGAAUUUCGGACCACCAAGCGAGUUCGCGAUCGAGAGAAUCAUCGAGACUUUUAUUGGGUUGUCUUGUGCGAUCAUGGUGGAGCUUGUCUUUCAGCCCACGAGAGCCGCUAACAUAGCGAAACUUGAGCUCUCUAGAAGCUUCCACGCUUUGUACGAGUGUGCAAGCUUGUUUGGAGCUAAAGCAAGUAAAGCGGAGAUAAUGGAGAGUCAAAAGAAGUUGAGAAGUCAUUUAAAUGAACUCAAGAAGUUCACAGCAGAAGCCCAUGCAGAGCCAAGUUUCUGGUUUUCGCCAUUCAACUUUUCUUGCUACGAAAAGCUGUUCAAGUCAUUGUCUAAAAUGGCUGAUCUAUUGCAAUUCAGCGGUUACGCGAUAGGCUUUCUUGGAGAACAAGGAAAAACGAAAUCACCACAGUGCAAGGAGAUUCUAAGCAACGUAGACAAAGAUCUCAAGAGUCUAACAGAAAGCAUAGGUCUUUUAGCCAAAUCAUUCGAGGAAAUCACUUUGCUCAAAUCACUAGACGCCCUCGAAAAGGCGCUUGCCAAGAGCGACAACACCUCAUGGGACAUUGAGCUUGGAAAGACACCAAACCCUAGCUUCUCAACCGCGGUGAGCGAGCCGGAGAAGAUAUUAGAAACGUAUCUCCAGCAUUGCAGAAGCGUAGCGGAUGGAAUAUUCCGUGUGGAAGAAGGUGGAGAAGAAGAGGUUAAAGUGGACAAAAGUGAGGUUGUGUUGAGUUUGAGUGCAUUAGGGUUUUGUGUGGAGAGAAUUGGGAAAGAGACAAGAGAGAUUGAGGAGAUGGUUAAAGAGGUUGUGCAAUCGGAGAACCCUUCAAGCCAUGUUAACUUGCAUGAGAUCUCUUGCAAAAUACGUUCUUUGUAUAAAUGAUAAUAUUUUACCAUUGAUAAACAACAAAUGGCGUGUGAAAGAAGGAAACGUUUCCUUUUUUUGGUUUAUCUUCUCUUUUUUUUUUUUUUUGUGUGUUCCUGUAAUAACAAAUAAGGCAUUGUGGU